CUUGCCACGAUGGCACCGUACGCUUUCCUCCUGUUGCUCGGAUGCUGUGGCGCGCUGGCGUCGGCACAUUUCAAGUCACCGGUGCUCUCCGAAGCGGCCAUAACAAAAGACUUACUCCUGCGGAAGAAGGCACAUCACCACCUGAUCGAGAAAUGGGGCCUUCCCCUGGUGGUGGCUGCGAAGCACAUGGUGCCCCUGUGGGUGGCCGGGACGGCUGGCUUCCUGGCCGUAGUUCUGGCACACUCGCCCCUAUCACCGCUGCCCGUGCCGCCGUUGCCCCACACUCCCGUCGGACGGUUCCCACCCAAGCAGACAGUGAUCAAGCAUCCCAGACCCGUACAUACAGUGACCGUGCAUCACGUGCGGAGCCGACGAGCUGCAACGUCUGUUUUUUCUCAACAGAAACCCACCACGCCAAUCGGAAACAUGCUGGUGCAGGGUACCAACAGUAUUAACAGGCUCCUGCAGCGGCUUCGAUUGGCCGGCUACGCACCCAAUGGCUGGCCCACACAUGGUCCCUCCAAACUCAGGCCAGUCACCCAGAUGGCGCUCGACAGCAUCGUGCGCUUGCAGCCUGCGCGGGUACUACGAGCAGCACUGGCUGUAUCAGCAGCUUACCGGCCGUGAAAUACAAUCUUGCAACGCCUCCGGUUUGUUUUGCUGUCUGCCAGGCUCUGCCACUCAAGCCACCAAUUGGCUUUGGCAGGCCUAGUCACAUGUACUGUCUUAUUUGAAGAAAUAAAAGGUAUUAUUAUUAUUAUUAU